ACAGCAGCUUGCCUUUGCUGAAAGAGACCAGUGACUGAUGAGCAACUGAAGACUCUGAAAGGGAGUUUUUCUCGAGAAAGUCGCACCGCGAUCUACGUUAGUCCGAGCAUUCUUGGAACGAUACCUGUCUUGUAGCUCACAGAGAGAAAAUUCGGUCGGGUAUCGCUGUUUUCGAGAAUGGACGGAAAGGUGCUCGCGACGUCCCAUGACGCAUCACGCGUCGCCUCAACGCAAUUUCCGCCGGCUUGCACGUGCUUCGCUUUCAAGACGCAUACGAAACGCGAAGCGUGUGCAAGACACAGUUCCCGACGCAUACUCUUCACCCGCUCCCUCACGCGACUGCCGUGCGGCCUUCCUUGUCCCUCACGAGGUGACUUUUGGGUCGACUCAAAAGUCACCAGACGCAUACUCUUCACCCGCUUUAUCGCGCGAAUGCGGUUCCGCCUUCCUCGUCCCUCACGCUCCCCAAUCCGUCUACCAAUUGGCGUUAUUCUCUCACUCUCUCCCCUUAGAGGCUCCUCCACCGUCCUCCUAUCAAAGCCCUGAGAUGCUUCCCAACCGUCCAUCUUACAGGCCUCUAUUCGCUGAGAAAGUAACUCUUGCUCGCAGUGAGUCAUUCCUCUCGCCUGAAAUAUUAGCAUUGCACGCAUCGUUGAGUAAUCAAGCAAUCCUCGGUCCGCUGGCCUUCCUCGAAUCAUCUGUUUCCGUACGAGCCGUGAUUGGCGAUCGGAGUGGUUUCAGAAAGCUAGCUUAAUACGGAGCUUAAAGCUAGGUGAGAGAGAGCUCCGUUCCAGAGAAUUCGAGUAUGCUCACAGUAGCCAUGCAAGGGUAGUGCUUACAGUGACCAUGCAACAAUCUCCGAGUGAAAUCGGAAGAAGCAGCUGCUCUCCUGAAUCUGUAAUAGGUUUUUGAGAAGUCUCAAAAGUCUGUUACUCUGACGCAGCAGCUGCUUGAACAUCCUCGAUUGUAGCUGUUCUUCUGCAUCAGUCCUUCGAAGCUCAGCUCCCAGCCAUGCCUCUCCAUCGGCAUCUCUCCACCCUCGACUACCCUUCCCCAGCCUCUCCUCCCCCACCCUUCUCCGUCCCGAUCCUCGCUUUCUCUCCAGAAAUUACAUCAGCACUGCCAUCCUCCUCCCAUCUAGAUUCUCCAGACUCUCGAGAACCAAAUUUCUUUGACUCCACGACCAUACUCCGAGCUCUUUCCAUCUCGGGACUUCUUGUGGUUAUCGGUGGCCUCCUCUGCCUUAUCAUCUUCCGAUUUGCUGUGGUGUGGAUCGAGUGGACGAGAACACGCCACGUGUCGCCCUGGCGUCUCUUUUUCACCCUGCCCUUCACCCACCCGUUGUCUCUAAACGCUGAUGGUUCAGCCUCGGCUGGUCAAGCUCCCUCUGCUGCCCACACCCAAGGAGGGGGGGAGACGGAUGCCCCUGCUGAUGUGGAGCAUGGUUCCACCGAUGAGUCUCGGGGGCAGGAAGCAGCAGCCAGAUUAGGGAAGCCAGUAAGAAAGGGAGCAACCACGCAACAGCUGGCACAGCUUGUUUCCAACCCCAUUGGGACGGAGCAAGAGAAAAACGAGUGUAUAGUCUGCCUCUGUGACAUGGUUCUUAGGGAGACAGCAACCAUUCUCCCGUGCUGCCAGAAGCUGUUUCACCAACACUGCAUCGUGGCGUGGCUUUCAACAGCUGGGUCGUGUCCCCUUUGCAGGCGCACACCAUUUCCAGCUUAGUGCCGUACCAGCAUCAUGUCUGCAACCACUCUCCCAUGCUGUCAGAACAGAAGAAGCCGUUUCACCAGAUGUGCAUCUUGGCGUGGCUUUCAACAGCUGGAGCAUGCCCCAUCUGCAGGCGCUCACCAUUUCCAGCAUAGUGCAAUACUGGCAUCGCGUAUGCAACCACUCCCCCCUGCUACCAGAACAGAAGCCGUUUCACCAACAGUCCAGCAUAGUAGUACCAGCAUCAUGUCUGCAAGCACUCUCCUGUGCUGUCACAACAGAAGCAAUUUCACCAACACUCCAUCGCAGCAUGGCUCUCAACAGCUGGGUUGUGUCCCCUUUGCAGAUGCUGGCCGUUUGCAGCAUAUAUAACAUCAUGUCCGCAACGAUCAUGUACAGUACACAGAGUGCCGGAGGACCCACCCAUAAAUAUGUCAACACAUAUUUGUAUAUGUUUAUAGGCUAGCUAGGUGCAUGCCCAUAGAGAGUACAACACCGAUCACAAAACUACCCUGUACCAUCUUUUCUAGUUAUUCCACUUCUCUG